AUGGCUCUCUUCAGCAAGGACGUCCCGGAGGAAAAGCCCGAGGAGAACCCCAAGGACAAGAAGGGCAAGUCCAAGGACAAGAAGGAUAAGAAAGACAAGAAGGGCAAGGGCAAGGAGGACGAUGACAAGCCUGGCCUGAAGCGCCCGGGCACCUCUGGCACCGAGAACAUUCUCAUCACAAACCGCAAGGAGGCCAUGGAACAGUUUGCCAAGGCCCAGCGCGCCGAGAAGGUGUGGAGGGCCAAGAAGCAGGCCACUGCCGCCCGCGAAAACUACACCGAGACCAAGACUCACUUCCGGGAGUGCUUCUCUCACUUCAAGUUGGCCUUCACGGGCUUGUUCGCCGUCAUGUUGGCGAUCCCCCACCUCAUCAGAGACAAGAAGGAGCAGAGGCGCAAGAAGGCCGACGCCGCCCGUCGUGCGCGUGACCUCGAGAGGAAGAAGAAGCUCGAGGAGGCGUUGGCCCGCCAGUCAAUCGACACUACCGUGACCAAGCUUGACGCAUAG